AUGUGUUCACAUAACACGGCCGAAAACAAGUGGAAUGCACAAGGGAAGUGGCUAGUCAGGAACGCUUCUUCACAAGAGAAUGCGUUCGAGGAUCGUUAUGAAAGAGUUGCACGAGAUGGCGCGUACGUUUUAAGUGUUCAGAUUAAAGGAUGGAAGUCUCCAUCAGACGUUAAGCAAGACGACGCGCCGGAGGUGCGAGGCGCGUGGGGAAAUCAAGCCGAAUUUUUCUUUACCUGCGUCGCCUAUUCCGUUGGACUGGGAAAUGUGUGGCGCUUUCCAUAUUUGGUAUACAAAAAUGGCGGAGGAGCCUUUCUGAUACCAUACUGUAUAAUGUUGGUUUUCGUCGGAAUGCCGAUAUUUUUGAUGGAGAUUUCACUAGGACAGUUUGCGAGUAUCGGGCCCAUCGGCAUAUGGAAAAUAUGCCCUAUUUUCAGAGGUCUUGGAAUAGCGUCGGUUGUGAUAGAAUUGACGGUGGCCCUCUACUACAACGUCAUCAUAGCCUACUCCAUCUACUUUCUGUUCGACUCCAUGAGAGCAGAAGUGCCGUGGGAUAACUGUGAUAACCCGUGGAACACCCCAAGCUGCCAGAUUAAUAGCACCCAAGAUGGAGCUAAUAGCACCCAACAAUUUACUCCAGCUGAAGAAUAUUUUUACAAUAAAGUCCUCAAUAUAUCGAGUGGGAUAGACGACCCCGGUGACAUCCAACCAAUGCUGGUGGCAACAUUAGCCGUGGCAUGGCUCAUAGUAUUUCUGGUUCUCAUUAAAGGUGUUGGAUCUAUGGGAAAGGUGGUUUAUUUCGUUGCCACUUUCCCCUAUGUCAUGCUGACCGCUCUGCUCAUAAACGGACUGAUGUUAGAUGGAGCUAUUGACGGCAUCCUGUACUUCCUUAGACCCGAGUGGGACAGACUUAUAGAGAUGAAGGUGUGGCGGGAUGCAGCCGUGCAGACGUUCUAUGCACUCAGCUCCUGCACAGGCGGACUUAUAGCCAUGUCGAGCUUCAGUAACUUCAAUAAUAAUGUAAUAAGAGAUGCUAUAGCGAUUCCGUUAAUAAGUUUGGGAACCAGUCUCUAUGCCGGACUAGUUAUAUUUUCCGUGCUAGGCUUCAUGGCCCUACAAAAAGGAGUGGAUGUGGCUGAUGUUGCUGAACAAGGGCCUGGUCUCGUGUUCGUGGUCUACCCAGAAGGAAUCGCUCAGAUGCCCCUGCCUACAUUAUGGGCAAUUCUCUUUUUCAUGAUGAUGCUCGUGUUGGGCUUCGGAACGCAGGGUACACGUAAAUUUUGUGAGGACAUUCAGCAAAUGAUCGACAAAAGCCCAGGAGUUUACUGGCGUAUCUGUUGGAGGUUCAUUGCCCCAGCCGUCCUAUUAUUUAUUCUCAUAAUGAGUUUAGUGCAAUAUCAUCCGGUCGUGUACGAAAUGCCAAGCGGAGUUUACGAAUACCCAGACUGGGCCAUGGCGAUAGAAUGGUCUAUCGCUGGAAUACCCGUGCUCAUUAUUAUUGUCGUAUUCCUGUAUACGUUCUGCAAAGGAGGAGCAUGGUCGGUCUUGAAAGAUAUAUCUGAGCCAGAGUGGGAUUGGGGUCCAGCCGUGGAACAGCGUGAAUUACAAAGAGCUACCACAUCAGCAACGUUGUUUAAAUCAACGAGCGAACUCCUUGGCUGGAACAUGGAACUCCACGAAAGAGUUUCGUACACUAUGGACGUGGACAAUGUGUCCAAUGGGCCAAUAACCUUCACCUGUGAUGACCGCGGUGAAAGAUAUUAGUUAUAGCGGUUGAUGUUAUCAAGAUAAUGUAAAGAAGGUGCCGCUAUAUUUUAGUAUCGAAUGAAAUGUCCGAAUAUCUAUAGGAUAGUUUACUCACUCUAUAUUGUAAGUAGUCUCCGCAACUAUGUAUACAGGUAGGUUGGUAUUAUGGGAAAAAAAGACAGUUGUCGUUCAAGAGAAAUGGUUCACUUCACACAUGGUGCGCUAUGUACAAAGAGAAUGCUCCGACCACAAUCAGCCACUCACAGCGAAUGACUCCGAUUCCAUGCAUUUCAAUAUUGAUGCGAAUAUUAUUAACUAGCCAGUCAUUCUCCUCUAAUUAUGUGGACAAAGACAACAGUCUACUGUGAUGAAGAGCUGAUCUAACUCUGCUAUGGAUGAACCAUAAAAACUUUCAUCAAAUAACCGCCAAAGUAAAUGCAAGACAAAUACGUCCACAUAUUAUUUAUAUACGCAUAUGCACGCACGAUUUUUUAUUACGGUCGUGUGAAUAGGAAACACUGAGUAGCCUACACGCACGCUCUGCGGUAGCUUUACCGGUGCAGCCCAUUUGUUCCCGCUACGGUCGAAACCCUAGAAACAGACAAGGAAGUUUCCGCGCUCUUUCAUUCUCGCCAAAGA